AAAAGGCACAAUUUAUGGCUGCACGCUGAUGGUGCUUGGGGUGGUGUAACUAUUUUUUCUCGAACUCACCGUAAACUAAUGGAUGGUCUUGAAAGGGUAUCCUUUACAAAUGCAACGCUCUUCAAGCGGAAUAUUUGUUUCAGCCUGAUACCUAUUAUGAUACUAGUUAUGAUUUGGGUGAUGAGAGUAUUCAAUGUGGCAGAAAAGUUGAUUGUUUGAAAUUGUGGAUCAUUUGGAAAGGAAGAGGAAAUUUGGGAUUGGAGAGGCAAGUUGACGUAGCAUUUGCUAUGGCCCGAUAUUUAGAUCGAAAAAUUAGACAAACUGAUGGUUUCAUUCCCGACAAGUUCGAAGAUAGAAAUAUAUGCUUUUGGUAUGUGCCUCCAAGCUUAAGGGGUAAAGAAAAUGAGCCAGAUUUUUGGGAUAAACUUUCAAAGAUCCCCCCCAUUAUCAAAAGCCGAGCAAAAAAGGAAGGUACAAUGAUAAUAAGCUACCAACCAUUAUGUUCUAAAAAUUGGGUGAAUUUCUUAAGAGUGGUGGUACAGGCUAUCCCCACAUUAACUGAAAAAUAAAUGGAUAGAAUUAUCACUCUCAUUCAGAAAUAUGGAGAAGAUUUGUAACAAUUAACUUAAAACCUCAUUACAUCCAACAGGAUGAGUUGUAUCGUUUAUAUCAUGUUUUAGCACUUAAAGGAACUUGCAUUGUACAGCACCAUCCGAAUCAUGUAUGCUUGGAUGUUCUCUAAAGACCACCUUUAAUUAAUUUUUUUAAAACCCUUUUUAAAAUGAAGUAAAAAUUAAGUUUGCACAUUAGGUUUCGCCAUUAGAUAUUUAAGCAGGAAAAAAAUGCUAUUAAAUUCUAAUAAAUCUUUUUCUGAGGAUGACUUCACUAGAAUCAGCAAAGUUUGUUUGAUUGUUGAAGAAAUUUCGGAGAUGUUAAUCAAUUUUCAACUUCUCUCUUUAAUGUUUUUAUUUGCAACAUUUCUUAGAUUAUUCUUAUUUCUUAAAUACGCUAGAUUUCGAUAUCUUUUUUUAAUUUUUCCUCUCAAUAUUGUUAAAUUGCUAUCCAUAAUGUGUACUUUUCUAGCUUCAUUUCUUCAAUUCUGAUGAAAUUUUUCUUCUUCUUUACUCAGAAGCUUCAUUUCUGACUACUUUGCUUCAUUUCUCAUUUCUGAUUCUUUUAAAUAUAGGUAUAAAGGGUGAACUAUACGAAGCACCCUGUAUUAAAGAAUAUGGAAUCAAUGAACUCUUUCUUAAAGUAAUUUAAAAGUUUAAAUGUUGCCAUAGCUAAAAAAUUAAUAAAUUAAUCUUUUGAAAUUGUUAACGUCCUUUUUUGAAAAGGGUAAUGAAGGGCAUUAAAUAAUUUGAACUGUUAAGUUUAGCAGAUCGUACAUUAUCUUAUAUAGCUAACUGUUUCCACUUAUUGAGAAUUUGACACUAUACGUAUGUUAAUGUUGUAAUUUAUAUAUUAAAAUAUGUUUAUAACAUUAGCAAGUAUUGUUAUUAUAUAUGUUUUUAAUAAAGAAGGACAUUAAAUAAUUCAAAUUGUAAGAUUUAGGAGGACGUACAUUAUCUCACAUAAUUAACUGUUUCCACUUUUUGAGAAUUUGACACUAUACGUAGUGUUGGGAUAUAUCUCUUAAAAUAUGUUUAUAACAUUUACAAAUAUUUUUAUUAUAUAUGUU